AUGACGUCGAUCGGUCCUUCCGAUACAGAAUCUAACGUCAGUGGUUUCAUCCGUUACAGCGAUAAAAACAUUAAGCACUUAUAUACUUCCAUGUUAGAGAACAUGGAAUCAAUCAAUCAAGAUAUUUUAAAAAUUGAGAAGAAUAUUAUAACAGUAAUUGAAGAGGCUGGUCCUUUUGAGGGCCAACUAUCAGCAUUACUGCAGGCAUUGCCAAAACCAAAUGUUAUUGUACCUAUGGAAAAAGAUUAA